AUGGUUGUAGAAGCGAAGGUGAAGGUCCAACGACUUCUUGCGUAUGCCGCUCUGACGAUCUCUAUAAUAUCUUUUCUACUCGUUUGCAUAACUCUUCCUGUCGUCUACAAAUACGUGAUUUUCAUGAAAGAAAAUAAGAAAGGAGAAAUGAAAUUUUGUAUGGAAUCUGCGAGAGAUGUUUUGAAAGAAGUCGUGCGCAUCGAAGCAACUCAGAAUUUGAAUAACCGAACAGCUCGCCAGACCGAUGUUAACACUUCAGCAGGGGAACACUCGUUUUGCGACAGCUGCUGCAUUCCUGGAGAACAAGGCGUUGCUGGAGUACCCGGGAGACCAGGCAAACCAGGAAAACCUGGUUCUCCUGGGUUACCAGGAAGCCCUGGUAAACCACCGCGGGAACCAUGUUUUCCCGUCACUCCACCACCUUGUGCUCCUUGUCCUCCUGGCCCACCUGGCGAACGCGGACGCCCAGGUUUGCCUGGAGAUCCUGGACCGAAUGGCUUACCUGGAUUGCCUGGAGAAGAUGCAACACCUGGUGCCGCUGGACCACCUGGUCCGCCUGGUGCGCCAGGAGAUCCUGGAGAACCAGGAUUGGAUGGCAAACCCGGAAAACAUGCAUCUUAUGAGCCUGAUGUGCCGGGUCUACAAGGCCCUCCAGGAGAACGUGGAGAAUGCGGAACACCAGGCUUACCCGGCUAUCCUGGACAGAGUGGACUUCCUGGAAAGAUUGGGCCGAGAGGUCCGCCCGGGAACACUGGUCCGCCUGGUCCUCAAGGACCUACAGGUGCACCCGGCUCUUACGGACCACAAGGACCGCAAGGACAGAUUGGCAUCUGUCCAAAAUAUUGUGCCAUUGAUGGUGGCGCUUUCUUCGAGGACGAUCAGAAAUAA